AUGGUGCUGCUGAACGGCGUCAAGUACGCAUGCGAGCGGUGCAUCCGCGGGCACCGCGUCACGACAUGCAACCACACGGACCAGCCGCUGAUGAUGAUCAAGCCCAAGGGGCGGCCGUCGACAACAUGCGCGCACUGCAAGGAGCUCAAGAAGAACCGCAACGCGCACCCGUCAGGGGUGUGCACAUGCGGGCGGGAGGAGAAGCGGCGGCAGCUGCGGGCGGCGAAGGAGGAGGCGCGGGUGCGCGGCCGGCGGUGCCGCUGUGCGGACCGCGAGGCGUGCGUGUGCCACAAGACGCGGCGGCGGCGGGACGACGGCGAGGCAGGGUCUGCGUCGGAGCAGUCGUCGGUGGACGGUCACGUGAUGGGAAGCCCACACGAGCCCUGGGACGCCGCGUCAGCGGCGUCGUCGCUGCCGCCGGAGCUGUCGCUGGAGAGCGCGACUCCGCUGGGGCUCGAGCCGCUGCAUGCGAUGAAGCCGAUCACGCCGCUAACACGGACCCACGUUGGCGAGGUGUCGAUCCCGCUGCACGAGUACGUGCCUGCUGAGCUGGACAAUAGCGUGCAGUCCGCAAACCCGCUGUUGAACCUAAACGACCGGAUCUGCCUGCAGGAUGGAGCGGGCCGCGAAGAGCGUUUGAGCUUCUUCGCCGACACCUCCAAGGCUCGGCCGAACUACAGCGAGCUGAAGCAGCGGCGACUGGCGCGAGCGGUGGACGGGACGUACGCGCAGUCCAUGCGCUCUGCGUCGUCGACAGAGCUCGCUAGCCCGGCGGCUUCGGCGUCGUCGGCGUCGCUUUUGCACACACUGAACAGCUCAGACUCGUUGUCGUCGUAUUUGACGGCAGGAGGGUCUGCGUACUACAGCACGCACUACCAGGACAUGUUACAUCAUUCCUUUUCUCACCUGGGGAGCAUGCCGCUUGCGCCAUCGCCGCAGAGCAGUGCUACUGCGACGCAUCUGACUGGAGGUGACCAGCCGCCGACAAGCCAAUUUCUCGAUUCGCCGGACCCGGCGUACCGCCACCCGGCGUACCGCCACCCGGCAUCCAUUUUGCAUCCUCCCACUGGCCAAGCAGGGGACGCUACAGCACCCGCGCAGUGUCAGGUUGCUCCGGCUAUGGUACAACCCGUUCGCCAGCGAUCUGUCAGCAUUCACAGAAACCAUCGCUACGAAAAGUUUCCUACAAGUAAUCCCAGCCAGCCGAAGGACUCCCCGUUGGGUCCUGUAGCCGUCUUGGCAGCGCACAGUUUCCAGGACUUGUCUUCUGUUGGUCAGAGUACUAGGCAGGAUGCGUUUGCUUAUUCCAAUCACAGUGUUGUGGCUAAUGAUCGCCAGCCCUCUUUACCGCGAAACCCUGCCCCAGACUCCACGUUCACUGCGGAGUUUAACCAGCUGCUAUCUGAAUCCAGCAACUGCCUUGAGCUUGAUUCUAUAUUCUCAGGCAACUCAGUUCUCUGGAAUGGCGAGACCUUAACCUCUGAAGCAAGAGCUACCCUCGAGGGCGAUGUGCCAUCUGUCUCGGAAGAUGCCCGCGACGACAGCCAGGCAAAUUCUGCACAGAAUGGCCCUGAAGUAUUGAGUCUAGCGGACACUGAGUAUGCGGACCUGGAUAGUUUGAUCACUAAUUUGUAG